AAACUGCGGUUUAAAAAAAAUAUUGCCAGUUGGUCAAAUGUGCUAUUGCUGACCUUCCAAGACUUAACUUUCAGGACAUACAGUGCCAACACAUCAACCAGCUCAGCAACAUGAACUGACAACAGGGGACCCAAUCAGAAAAGUCCCUGGCAGUCAGAGGUGGCUGGUCCUGUUUUACAAGGCGCAGCCUCCACCUUUGGAAUUCACCUUGAGGCAGGAAUCGACUUUUAAUAUACAUCAUUUCCCAACACUCCCCGCGCAGUGGAUGCGUUUAUAUCCAUGGCAUUGUAUGAAGAAGACAGCCAGCAGGACGCAGAAGAGUGCCCUGUGUGCUACGAGUGUCUGUCCAGCACGGAGAGGACCCUGAGCUGUGGACACGUAUUCUGCCAUGACUGUCUGGUUAAAACGCUGGUCAGCAUCAACAGCGAUGGAAAUAUCAGAGACACCAUUGUAUGCCCCAUCUGCCGACAUCUUACAUUCAUCAAGAAACAGAAGGAGGUAAUCGUGGCCGUCACCGCGGACACGGAUCCAGGUGAAAGGCAGACCCUCGAAGUACCUCUACCUCCGCCGCCGGGACGGGUCCAGGGCGCGCGGCGCGCCUCCAGUGGCACUUCGCCGGCCGAAGUUAACUGGAUAGCUCGCUGUUUCGGUGUGAUGGCUGAUCGAUUCCGUCGACAGAUGUUGAUCAGUCCCCGACAUACUCAGAUUUUUAUCAUAAGUGCUCAAGGGCGACCGAUGGCUGAAUACGAAGCACUAAGCGUUGUGAUGACUGUGGUUCAACCCCGGCGCAGGCGAAGGCUCAGGAUUUGCACAAGUGCACGAUGCCUCCUCGUUUUACUGUCAUUAUUCACUAUAAUGGCACUAGCGGCUGCAACUUUACCCUGGAUUUUUCUUGCAUAGCCCAGUGAUGUCUGGAUUAGGAAGUUCAGUCGGGGAACGAUACAACUGAAAAAGUGGAAUGACGUAGAUCUUCCAGCGAUGCCAGGCAGUAGUCUUACUUAAAGAAAAUAUCUGAUGGACUUCAGCAAAUAAUAAAUACACUGAAAACGUACGAUCUAGCUAUGGUGAUGAUGUUAAUAUACUUGGUUUGCAACAAUGUUUUAAGAUGCUGUAAUUUCCUUCUCUGAAGUUAAGGAGUUUAUGUGCAUUGCCAAGCAACAGCCUGAGGUUAAAGCCUCGGCAGCAUGGGGUUUGUCUCGCAUUCCUGUCUGUGACACGUUCUACCUGUUUUACCAGAAUCUGUGUAAAAAAAAAUCAUAUACAGUACAAUACAGUAUAUGCCUGUAACCCUGCUUGAUGAUGUAGCUGCAGUCAUUAUUCUGCUGUAAGGUGAGGUACACUGUGUCCAAACAACCAAACAAACUGUACACUUCAGAGCUGACUGCAAGAUUUAAAAAAAAUGUGCCUGAAUGUGUCCUUAAAAUAACAAAAAGGAUGAGUUACAUUUUGGCAGCAAGUGUAUAGUGUGUAUUUGACCCGGGUAACGACGGUGCGACUGGCUCUCCUUGUGUGCACAAAGACAGUGUAAACAGAGCCACCUUUCAAACUUUCGGUAAGAAAUAAUUGAUGCACCCUUGGUAGUCUGAAGGAGACAGUAAGCAGGGACGAGCUGUGCCUGGUGGUAAGGAGAUACACUGCUGGACUGUGGCAUCACAUUACCGCAAGCUGUUCUUGGAAAAAAAGAUUAACGUUAAUCAUCCUUGGAAAAUAGUUCACAAUCCACGAAGGAGUUGUCAGUAUCGACAACCACUCCUAGUUUCCUCACGUUUAAGCGAUCCCUCGGCUAUCCUGCUGGCCCAGUCCUGCAGGUUACACGCCUGAAGAGGUGUCACGGUUUGGCCUCGCUUCCUGUUUUAGUUUGAAGUUUCAUGUCUCUUGUGGUCCUGGGGUAACUUCACUUCCUGCCCUGUCUUGUGAUUGCGUGAUUGUCUCCACCUGUGUCCAAUCACCUGCACCUCCCUUGUGUAUUUAAGCCCUGUGUGCCUGUUGUCCUUUGUCGCGUCAUUGUCUUACGUCAUUCGUCGUUCGAGCACA